AUGCCGGCGAGGUACACCGUGGCGAGUGUUGUGUGCUCCUGUGGGGGCCUCUUGCUGGGAAUGGACAUGAGCAUCAUUGGUCCGGUCACAGUCAUGACAAGCUUCACCAACCAAUUCGGCGAGCAUUCAUCCGUGGUGCAUGGCAUCCUAGUCUCCUCGAUUUUGCUGGCCGCCGCGGUGAGCUCGUUCUUUGCUGGUCGACCUCCAGAUGCGUUCGGACGGCCCAAGGCUCUUGCUUUCGGCGCUGGGAUCUUCACGAUUGGUGCGGUCCUGCAGGCUUCCGCUGUCAGUCUUGUGAUGUUCGCAAUUGGCCGAGUGAUCGAAGGCUUUGGCUAUGGGCUGUACUUUGGCACCCAGACUGUCUACAUUUGCGAGAUUGCUCCUCCGGAGAUCAGAGGUGUGCUUACCACCAUGCCUCAAUUCAUGACCUGUGUUGCUUUGGUCAUAGGCUUCUUCACGGCCUAUGGCACCGUCAACAUUGAAGGAUCUCUCUCCUGGCGCUUGCCAUUCAUUAUCACGGCCGGAAUGUCAACCGCAUACGCGCUCGCAAACCUCUUCCUCCUGCCAGACUCGCCUCGUUGGCUGAUUCUGAACGGUCGACGCCAGGAGGCUGACAAAGUCUGGGAUCUGCUGGGCGUAAAACGCGAAGACCGCGAAGCCAUGGACGAGGGUGAGCACCAAGAAGAGCAAAUCGCACUAUCUCAAGUUCUGGAAGAGCCUGCCGAGCGGGCAAAUGAGAAGCAUGCGACCUUUGCAGACCUCUGGGCUCGUGACGUUCGCAGGCGCACGUUUCUGGCUGUGUUCAUGAUGGGAUUCUUGCAGUUGUGUGGCAUCGAUGCCGUGCUAUACUACGCACCUUUGCUUUUCCAACAAGCUGGGCUUCAAACACAACAGGCCGCAUUUUUGGCUUCUGGAGUAUCUGCUAUCGUCAUCGUAGUGACAAGCAUUCCAGCGACACUGUAUGCCGACAAGUGGGGUCGAAGAACCAGCACAGUCGUGGGCGGGCUUGGGCUCUCUGUGACGAUGCUGUUGAUCGGCAGCCUCUAUGCAGGGCACGCAGUUCAACCUCAAUCUGGUGCUGGGAGAUGGGUUGUGAUUGUCUGCAUCUAUCUCUUUUGCGUGAUCCAGGCAACCACUUGGGCCAUUAGCAUCAAAGUCUGGGCACCGGAAAUCCAGCCAAACCAUACUCGAGCUCAAGCCAUUAGUCUGGCACAUGGCUUCAAUUGGGUCUGCAACUUCUUCGUUGCAUUUAUUUGCCCAAUCCUGCUGGCCAAGAGCGCAUCAGGAGCGUACUUUCUGUUCGGGGCAUGCACAACUAUUGCGACGAUUGUCAGUUUUUUCUACAUGAUCGAGACCAAAGGCAAAUCUCUUGAUGCGAUUGAGAGGGCUUUCAGGAAGCAGAGACCAGCUGGGGAGAUUGUCAUGGCGAAUCUCGGACAUGCGGUGGCUGUUCAGAGUCCGCAGGAUAACAAGAGGUCUUGA